AUGGUCUUUACUACCCCUGCCUUCACUCGCUUUUUGAUAUCAACAAACUGGAAACUCCCAACCCUCCGACAAUUUAUCCAGUGGUCGCCGGCCGUUGCCCCUAUAUCUGGCAUCUCGACCCCGACCGCAGAGAAAAAUGUGCAGCCUGUGCGAUCAAAAUGGCCUCCUUUCUAUUUUGACACUGGCUACUCGAUAAUCCCGAAGCGACCGUCCCGGCCGUUCCCGCCGCCUUUCCUAUCGCCGCCAUCCACUUCGUUUUCAGAUGCCUUGACGACUCAUGACAGGAGUCAUGAUAGACGGCCGUCGGUAAACGGGGAGCCUCUUCGCGGGCUAACAAACGGAGACGAUGCGAUCCUUUGUUCUCCAAACUUCCUGGGCGUGAACGACGGAGUCGGAGCUUGGGCGUCGAAGCCUCAGGGCCAUGCUGCGUUAAUACUGCAUUACUGGGCGUUGGAAGUUGAAAACCGCCUCACUGGGUCGCCGAAACCGGACUUGAUUGAGUGUCUUCAGCGAGCGUACGAAGAGACCGUCGAGGCGACCUCGUCCCCAAACGAGAUUCUGGGGACCACCACCACCGCGACUGCACUCCUGAGCUACAAAAUCAUAGGAGAGACACCCACUCCGUUCUUGCAUGUCACCAAUCUUGGGGAUUGCCAGACACUAGUUAUUCGCCCAAGAGAGAGGCGCAUUGUGUUCAAAACCGAUGGCCAGUGGCACUGGUUCGACUGCCCCAUGCAGCUAGGGACCAAUAGUGUGGACAAACCUCGAGAGAAUGCAGCAUUGUCCGUACUGGAGAUAGAGGAAAACGAUAUCGUUCUGGUGGUUUCAGAUGGAGUAACAGAUAAUUUGUGGGACCAUGACGUGCUAGAAGUGGUACUCAAAACUCUCGAGAAAUGGGAAAUAUGCAAGAAGAAGCGAGAGAUGGCCGAGUAUCUUGAGAGUCGGGGGGGAAGGAUGGUAUAUGUCGCUGAGCAGCUCUUGACCACUGCCAGGGCGGUUGCCAUGGACCCGGCCGCGCAAACUCCGUACAUGGAAAAGGCGCAGGAAGUAGGUCUGUCUGUCAACGGAGGUAAAAUGGAUGAUAUCAGUGUUGUUGCCGGCCGUGUUGUCAGGUCCGGUUGA